AUGCAAGAAAGCAAUGACUCUUUAGUGCCUCUUCCAGUUGUUUGACAAAAACCGGGCAGAGAAAUAUACGUAACAGGAGAUUUCAAUGAUUUUUCACUUUUGCCCCUAAACGGGGAAACUGAAAAGUUUGCGAUAAUUUGGGUAAAACCUGGGAAAGUUCUUUAUCGAUUUCGAGUUGAUGGGAUUUAUAUGAUUGAUCCAAAUAAACCAAUUAAACUGCUUGAUGGUGCUGAGUUCAAUCUUAUAGAAGUUUCAAAACUUCCUCAUGCAAUUAGUGAUAUUCAAACAUUAUCAUUAAGAGAGCUAAAAGACUUAGAUAUGAAUCUUUGCCAAGGAUCAAAAAGAGACCAACCGAAUGCUGAAAUUAAGAACAGAUUCGCCAGUAGCUUAUUUCCGCCGAAAGGAAGUCCUUUGCCUUCAAAGAACAAAUUUGGAAAUAAAUCUCUGAAUAAAAUUAUAAAAAUUCAAGCAUUCAUUAGAGGAAAAUUACAACAUAUGAAAUUCAAAAAAAUAUUGGAAAAGACAAAAAUUUAUUAACUCCCCCCUCCGUGUGAGCGAACAGAACCAUUAGAAAAAUCCCUAUUAUUUGCCCAAAACCCACCAGCUAAUUUAUUUAAUUUUAAGCAAAGUGCGUUUUAAAACAUAAAUUUUAUAAAAUUAAAUUAAAAUUUGUUUCGAAUUUUACGAAGUAGAUUUUUUUUAAAACAAUUUUUUAUAUAAAAUUUAUAUAUAAAUUUUUUCACAAAAAAAAUUAGCCCCCUCCGAGAGUGAACAAGAUUUUUUUGUUCACUGGAUUAAGAAUUUUAAAGAUUCUUCUACAAAUACAGAACAAAAUAUUGUUAUAGACCUUGAAAAAGAAAAAUUAAAACUGCAAAUUGAAAAAUUAAAAAAAGAGAACGAGAUGCUGUUAAAAGUUGCUCAAAAAUGAAAAUAUAAAUAUGAAUCAGUAAAAGAAAGGCAAGAAAAGCCCAUUGAUAAUAUUAAGGUUAGAAGCCCCAAAAAAAAUUUAACAAUGCCAUCAAUUCCUUGGGUAAAAAGCACAACUCCAGAUUCAAAAUCUCAAAAUCCUAUAAAUAUCAGAGAAUUUCCGAAAACUCAGAGCAUUUCUUCAAAAAGAAUAAUUAAAUGAUAA